AUGGGGCUGGCACAGAAGCUUGCAGGCUAUCCUCGCCUGAUUUUGGCCGGAAACCCUUCGAAACUUGACAAAAGUCUGCUGCUAUCAGGAAUUUUGUGCGCGAUCGCAUCUGGCGUGCCAUUUCCACUUAUCGGUAUCAUCUUUGGUCAGCUACUCAACGACUUCAAUACUGCGACAUGUGACCAGUCCGAGACUCCCGGCUCAGCAUCUCAGCUGCAGAAUGGGAUCAACGGCAAGAUACUGAUGAUCGUCUAUCUGGCCAUUGCGCAAUUCGUCAUGAUAGGCUCCCAUCUCUUCUGUUUCAGUACCUUCGGAGCUCGGCUGGCCCAACGGUUACGGGAGCGCUACCUGCAAAAUCUCCUGCGACAGGAACCUACUUAUUUCGACAACCUGCCUCCCGGGGAAGUCGCCUCUCGACUCAGCGCCGAUAUCCAAACAAUACGCUCGGGUACGUCCGAGAAGGUCGGGAUUUGUCUCGCCAGUGUCUCUUUCUUUGUGACGGCGUACAUCGUCGCUUUCAUCAAGGAUCAUGACUUGGCUGCCAUGUUGAUCUCGCUCAUACCGGCUUACUUCUUGAUGUCGUUUGUCGGAAGCCAUUACAUUGAGAAAUACGCAGGCCUCAUGUCCGACUACGCUGCGAGUGCUGCAUCGAUUGCGUCCGAGGCUCUCUCCAACCUCACGGUGGUUCAAGCGUUUGGUGCGAAUAAGAGGCUCGAAGAGAAAUUCUCCGAUGCUCUCCAAUCUUCGGAACGAGAGGGACUCAAGAAAUCUCUGGCUAUCGGCAUUCAAUCUGGAGUGUUAUACUUUGUUGCCUAUUCUGCAAAUGCACUGGCGUUUUGGCAAGGGAGCAAAAGCAUUGCAGACUUUGCCGAGCACCGCUCCAAUGGAGCCAGUGUUGGUGCUACGUUUACCGUCAUCUUCAUCCUGGUCGAAGCUACGCUGCUUCUCAGCCAGGUGGCACCCUUUGUUCACCUCUUUAUGGCUGCUGUUGCUUCGUUCGAGAAACUCCGCACAGAUAUGGAUCGCGAACCCUUGAUCGACGGUACUUCAACCUUGGGCCUCACGCUAUCCAAAGUGGCGGGGAACUUUGAGUUCAGAAAUGUGUCCUUCACUUAUCCAUCUCGGCCCGAGAUCACUGUCCUUGACCAAGUCAACAUAUCGAUACCCGCACUGAAGCACACCGCCAUUAUCGGUCUUUCAGGGAGUGGCAAGUCCACAAUCGCAAGUUUAGCAACGCGCCUAUUCGAUCCAACUCACGGGGAAAUAUCCUUGGACGGACAUGACCUGAAGACUCUGAAUACCCGCAGCUUGAGAAGCUUCAUAAGUCUAGUCCAGCAGGAGCCAUCCCUACUUGAUCGAUCAAUCUUGGAGAACAUUGCACAUGGUUUAGUCAAUUCCAGCAAUCCCGAGCAUGCGCACCUGAAGACUAUCCUCCUUGGCCCUGAGCUUGCUGAUCUGGCGGCCGAGGUUAGGGAAGGCCAGAACCUCUUGACUGCCUCAGAGAAAAGAGGUUCAGGUGUGGUCGAGGUCGUCGCCCUGGUUCGGAAAGCCGCAGCACUUGCAGAUGCAGACACAUUCAUUGAAAAGCUGCAAUUCGGAUACGCCACCUUGGUCGGUUCGAGUGGGCGCCUCAUCAGCGGCGGCCAGAAGCAAAGAGUGGCUUUAGCAAGGGCUCUCGUCAAAGAUCCCGCGGUCUUAAUCCUCGAUGAAGCCACCGCCGCUCUGGACUCACGGAGCGAACGCAGAAUCCAAGAGGCCAUUGCCAAGAUUGCAGGAGGUCGAACGGUGCUGACCAUUGCACACCGCUUGUCAACCAUUGUCGGCGCAGACAAAAUUAUUGUCAUGCACAAGGGUAGGGUGGUAGAAGAAGGAAGCCAUUCGACUCUGAUGGCCAAAGGGGGCGCCUAUGCCGACUUGGUCAAGCUACAAUCUCUGGCAACCUCACAUGAAAGCAGAGAUUCCGCUACGCAAAGAGACGCUACCAGCGAAUCAGAUGACUUUUCAGAACCCGAUGUUGACGCCUGCUUCACGAAAGGUAGCGCGCACGAGAGCGUGGAGGAGAAAGAGUCUGGGCUCUCGGACGGCCAAGGUGUUGAAGUUCUGUCCCCAGAGACACCGGACGAGCCCGAGACUCCGUCAACCUCCGUGUGGAUGUUGCUCAAGGGUUAUGCACCAGCUGUAAGGCCGCAUCUUCUCAUGCUAACCGCUGCUCUUAUCGGCUCGACCAUUGUUGGCGGAGCCUUCUCUGGAGAAGCUGUGAUUUUUGGAAACACCGUGGGCAGUCUCGAUAUCUGCAAGACUCCGUCGAGCAUCCGAUCAAGUGGCAACUUCUAUGGGCUCAUGUUUUUCGUUCUCGCCAUCAUCGAACUGUUUGCCAACGUGGUCAGUUGGUCCGGGUUUGGUUGGAUUUCUGAAAAGAUUGUCUACUCGGCGCGAGUGCUCUCAUUCCGAUCGCUGUUUGAGCAAGACCUUCAGUGGCAUCAAUCGAAAGGGCGGACCCCUGCUUUGCUUCUCUCAUACAUCACUAGAGAUGGCAACGCCUUGGCUGGAUUGAGCGGCUCUGUUAUCGGGACCUUUCUUUCGAUUACAAUCAAUCUCGUCGCGGCAAUCGUCCUGACGCACAUCAUUGCAUGGAAAAUUGCCCUUGUGUGCCUAGCGUUGGUGCCUCUUCUGCUGGGAGCCGGUCUGAUGGAGCUGAGGGUGCUGGGUAAAUUUGAGGAGCGCCAUGAGAAUGCAUACAGCAAGUCUGUCGACAUUGGCACGGAGGCAAUCUCGUCCAUCAAGACGGUCUCCUCCCUCUCCCUCGAACAGGAGACGCUCAAUGUUUACCGGCGAUCACUCAAGGGUCCUCGCCAGGAAACCUUCCACGUCACUCUACAGGCAAGCUUCUGGCAGGCCCUGACCUACUUUUUGGGCAACUGUGUCAAUGCAUUGGCAUACUGGUGGGGAUCAAAACAAAUCAUCGCGGGCAACUACACACAGACGCAGUUCCUCAUCGUGGUAUUUUCUCUCCUUGUUAGUGCAAUGCUCUGGAGCCAGAUGUUCGCUCUUGCUCCAGAGCUGUCAAAUGGCAAAGCUGCCAUGGCGAGAAUCUUGAGCCUCAUUGACAUUGGAUCGGACAAGCUACGAGGGGACCUCUCUAAGCGCCGUCCAAACAAUGAAGCGUCGUCAGAGAAAGACCUUGAGUCGACGAGGGAGGCAAAGAGUUGCCAGUAUGGCAGCCACCAAGCCGCAGCUGUGCAAUUUCGCGACGUGCAUUUCUCCUAUCCAGCUCGACCCAGUGUCAAGGUAUUGAGCGGCUUGAGCAUGGAGAUCCCUGCAGGCAGUUUCGCGGCUCUGGUAGGACCCAGUGGCGCAGGCAAAUCCACAAUCAUAACGCUGGUAGAGCGUUUCUACACACCGCAGCUCGGGUCCGUCAUCAUCAACGGAGUCGAUGUGACAAAAAGCGGCGACGUAUCUUUCCGGGACUCUAUCGCCUUGGUGCCGCAGGAGAAUGUGCUCUUUGAAGGGACCAUAGAAUUCAACAUCAGUCUUGGGGCCAAGCCAGGACAUGCCGUAUCGCUGGAGGAAAUUCAAGAGGCAUGCAAGCUCGCAAACAUACACGAGGUUAUCGAGGGUCUGCCCAAUGGUUACCAGACGCUAUGCGGGCCGAACGGGAAUCAGUUCUCGGGCGGACAGAAACAGAGGCUUGCGAUUGCCAGGGCCCUGGUUCGGCAGCCGAAGAUCUUGAUCCUAGACGAGCCGACAAGUGCUCUGGACGCUGAGUCCGAAAGGCUGUUGCAGAACGGCCUAGAGAAAGCCUCUGAAGGUAUCACGGUCAUUGCUAUCGCGCAUCGCUUGAACACGAUCCGGAAGGCCGAUCGCAUCUAUCUCAUCGAGGCGGGCCAGUGUGUUGACUCUGGGACUCAUGAAGAGCUGCUGAAAAGAUCGCCCAGCUACAGAUUGAAUGUGAUGCACCAGACAGUUGCAGAGUAG